AAUUCCGGUCGUAAAGCGGCCGGCACGGUGAUGUUUCUUGUUCCGAGUUUCUGUAUUGCCAUUUCUCCUCCGGAGGAGUUUUGGCAAUUUCUCUGCCUCCGCUCCUCACCUUGAGUGAGGAGCGGGACCGGACUCUGCGGGAUCCCCUAUCCCGAGCCCGGUCAAUGGACCGGGAGACACGCGCCUUCGCCGAACGGCACUUCCGGGACCUCGGAGGCCGAGUCCAUGGCGGCUGUGGGCUGGCGCCGAGUGGGGUAGCCUUCGUCCAGUUUCCUGACGGCUUCUCCUACGCCGACUUUGUGAAGGGAUUUUUGCUGCCCAAUCUGCCUUGCGUGUUCUCCAGCGCCUUCACCGAGGGCUGGGGCAGCCGAAGGCGUUGGGUGACGCCAGCGGGGAAGCCAGACUUCGAGUAUCUGCUGAAGAAGUAUGGAGACGUGGUUGUACCAGUUGCCAACUGUGAGGUCCAGGAAUAUAACUCGAACCCCAAGGAGCUCAUGCCCUUCCGCGACUACGUCAGCUACUGGAAAGAAUACAUCCGGGGGGGCUGCUCCUCACCGCGGGGCUGCCUCUAUCUCAAGGACUGGCACCUAUGCAGGGACUCUUCAGUGGAGGACUUGGAGGAAGUGUUCACCUUGCCAGUGUACUUCUCAUCUGAUUGGCUGAAUGAGUUCUGGGACACCUUGGACGUGGAUGACUACCGCUUUGUCUAUGCAGGGCCCAAGGGCACCUGGUCGCCCUUCCAUGCAGACAUUUUCCGCUCCUUUAGCUGGUCAGUCAACAUCUGUGGAAGGAAGAAGUGGUUGUUUUUCCCACCGGGGCAAGAGGAGGCCCUGCGGGACUGCCAUGGCAACCUGCCAUAUGAUGUGACUUCCUCCAUGAUACUGGAUGCCCAUCUGCACCCCAGACUCCAGCCCACCACCCCACCACUUGAGGUUAUACAGGAGGCUGGCGAGAUGGUAUUCGUGCCCAGUGGGUGGCACCACCAAGUGCACAACCUGGAUGAUACCAUCUCCAUCAACCACAACUGGGUCAAUGGCUUCAACCUAGCCAAUAUGUGGCACUUCCUGCAGCAGGAGCUUCAGGCUGUGCAACGAGAAGUGAGUGAGUGGAGAGACUCCAUGCCUGACUGGCACCACCACUGCCAGGUCAUCAUGAAAUCCUGCACGGGUAUCAAUUUUGAAGAAUUUUAUCACUUCCUCAAGAUCAUUGCUGAGAAGAGGUUCCUUAUCCUGAAACAGGGGCUGGAGGAAGCUAUGGGGGACAGCACAGGCCUGGAGCUGGGCCUCCAGCAAGCUGCAUUUGAUGUUGGCCGCCUUGCAGAGGUGCUGGCCUCUGUAGUUGCACACCCUGACUUCCAGAUAGUAGACACCAGCUCAUUCUCAUCACAGCCAGAGGAACUGCUUAGGCAGCUAGAAGAUGCCAUAGCCACCACUGAGGUCUUUUAGCACCUGUGGGAGGUUGUAGCAUUAGGAGGUACCAGUGGAAAAUAACCUCUUGACCUAGUGGCCUCCCCUGUGGUAAGCCCCUGCUGAGCAGGCAGCACAGCUCCUCCUGGGCAUCUGAUGCAGUCCUGCCCAUCAUGACUGUUUCCCAGGUUUCAACUCUGGAUUCCAGGAGAGAUUUAGCCAGAAUAGGAGCUCAACCCAUUGAGGUUUUUGGGAAUUGGGGGUGUCUUGUCAUCUGGCCUGCAGAAAGCCUACCAGGGACUUGGUGGUGGUCAUGUAACCUGGUUUCCCUAGUGAAGCCCAGGACUCCUGAGUGAUAGGUAUCUGAUCUUCCUGCCUCAGGUCUUAUGUGGCCGUCCCCUGGUCAUAUACACACAUGCAGUAACCCUGUUCUCCUUGUCUUGCCUGGGUGUGGUGGGGGUGGGGGAGCAGGCUCUAGACUCCCACUGGGUAGGGUACAGCAGGUUGAAACUGGCUGCCUUGUUGAACUGGGCACUUGUUAUUUACUUGUAAACAAGAAACACAAGUACCUGCCUAACCAGGUCCCCAGAAUGGAGGAGAUGGUGCAGAGGGAGACCUUUCCUUCCCCACAGCACCCCUGUGCAGUCUGUGUUCCUGUGCAUACCAUGCCUUGCCCAGCCCACAGGCUGCAUUGGUGGAGACAGGGCCAAACAGCUAGAGUUAAGGGAACAGACCAUCAGUGGCCACCUCUCCCCAUCCAGAAAGUUGACAUAUUUAUCAUUUUCCUGGCUCGAGGCAGGUCAGUGCCUGCUUUGUUGGCUGUGUUCAUUGUAUUUAGCAGGUGCUCUUGAGUCUAAGGUGGGGACAGGCAAGUUAUCUCCUGUCUGGCCCACACAGGGCCCUGUGGCACCCUGUACAUCUGAUGCCUGUGUGCCACCCUGUUUACUUUUUUUUGUUGGUCUCUUCCUCCUGCUGCUGUUCUCAGGAGUGAUAGAUAAGACAGCUGAGGGCAGAGAAGUGAGACCUGAAUGAGAGCCAGCUGCUCGCUCAGGGGCCUGGCUUGGGCUACUGGAUUGAGGCACAGGUGGACAUACAGGGCUUGGUAAGGUGGAUUCUCCUAGGGCUGCUCUUGAGUCCCAGAUCUUCUCAGGACACCUACAACACCAUCCAUAGCUCUGCUAGUCCUCAGCCCCCAUUGAGAGUUUCAGAUGGAGUCAGUGGUCUGCCUAAUGCCUCUAGACCCAAAGCUCCUUCAGAUUCUCAGGUAGUCUCAUCAGAAUAGGGCAGGAUAUACCUGCUUACAGGAAGGUAGCACAUCUUACACAUCCUGGAUAUGGCCUGGAAUUAUGUCCAGUGGAACUGGCUGACCCCAGUUAGUGGAAGCCCAGGAGGGCAAAGAGUCAUUCUGUCCAGUAAAUUAUGUUAAGUGCCUAGAAAGGUGAGUACAAAGCGGUACCUCAGAUUUGCCGAAUGAGCCUCAACCAGUACCUUCCUGGCUACCAGAGGGCCUGGGCCCCCCUGCCAGCCCUGGAGUCCAAGGAUAGGGCUCCCAGUUGUAGUCCUAGAUGUUUUGGCAGAUGGGAAGGAGCUUUGUCCUAACCUACAGCCCCUGUGGGGCUUCAUAGAGAGAGGGAAAUCAUAAGGUCACAGCCCGUCCAGUGCUCCUACUGCAGGGCCUGGUGCUAGGGAAGCAUUCUUUCAUCACCAUGGUAACUGGGUAUGGUCAUCCUGGGGACAUGCUCAGAGACACCUGAGGAUUGGUGUGCUGUGCAACGUCCCCAGGACAAUCGGUGGUACUCUGUAAUAGAACUGCAGGUUUCACACAGGUUGAAGGGUGGCCAGGCUAUGUAGAUGCAUAAGAAGAUGAGCACAAGGGUCCCCACCUGCUUGACUAAUGAGGAAAGGUGUCAUUUCCACUGGGGUGGGGAAAUAACUUAAAAUAUUAGCACUUUCAUGUCAUUUGCUUGCUAAAUAAUGAUAGUACAUACUGUUUUCACAGCCUAUACCAAGAGCAUUGUGCCAGUGAGUCCUCACAAGACAUCUCCGGGUUGAUAAAGGUCAUUGAGGUCAGAAUGCAGAACUGUCCCAUGUGGUCCUUACCUUGGCACCUGACCUGCUUUGCUCCCCAUCUGACUUAGUGGACAACCCCACUUACCUCCUUGACCUCAAAUUAGCUAAGACUGCAUGUCCUGCAUGUGAUGCAGGACAGCAGCCACUGCAUACUGUGCAUGUAGAUCACAGUUGAAGAUAAAGAGUCAAAUCAUUUGCCCAUCCCUAAUAUACUAAUAAAGCAAGCCAGGAGGUUAGGAAGUAUGAGGCCCCAAGCACAAUUCUCUUAUGGUAACUAUCACAUAUUGCCAAAACCAUAGCUUUCACCAAUGCCACCACAGUUUCACAUGAGAAAUAGUUCCGUAAGGACCUCUGCCCAGCAAACAGCUGUUCAGGCUUGGACCUUGGACUGACAUCAUACUUGUUGAAAAUCCUUGUAGCCAAGAAUUACUGUUUCAGAAUAUUUUAUGUAAUUUUUAUUUUACCUUUGAAAACUUCCUGUUGCCUUAACCACCCUUACUUUACUAUGACACACGUGUUCCCAUUUGGUACCCUGCUGUUCUCAAGAAAAUAUUCUUUGGAGGAUUUUUGAUCCAUCAUUAAAAAAGAAAGGAAUUGCAUCCUGGUCAAAGAGCCAGGAUUUCAACAUAGUAAAAGACUUCCUCCUGUAUUUCAGUGCCACUGGGUCCAAUCACAGAUCCUGACCUGGAAAGGUCAAGGUGUUCCACAGGUAGUAAAUCACAGAGACAUGUGGAUGAGCCUCCACCAGUCUCUGAUGAAAAUCUUAGUGUAAUGAGAAGGUGUGGAAAGAGUCAGGUCCACACCUAUUCAGGACACCUGAGGUGGAAUGCAAGAACACUCCACCUAAUGUGAAGACAGUAUAGUCAUUACUCUCUUAUCCAUGGUGUCAGUCUCCUGUGGUCCAAAAAAUGAGGCAGAUAUUUGGAGAAAGAUCACAUUCACAUAACUUUUAUUACAGUAUAUUGUUAAAAUUGAUCUAUUUUAUUACCAGUUGUACAUCUCUGCCUUAUUUAUAAAUUAAACUCCUGGUAUGUACAUAUAUAUAUAUAUAUAGGAAUACACACAUAUGUAUAUAUAUGCAUGCAUAAAUUUGGUACUGACCAUUUAAAGCAUCCAGUGUGUGUAGAGGGAUGUCUUAGAGCAUCUCUCUCGUGGAAACAGUGCCUACUUUGUAGACUAAUAUUCCCACAAAUAUGGGAAAAGUGGGCACCUGGCCAAGGCUGGGUGGUCAUACUGAGUUGUAGGUGCGUGUUAAAGAUCCUCACAGCACUGAAAAAUCUUUACAAAGAGCCAGUUAGACUCUCCUUUUCCUGGAGCCACAGAAAGUGUUCAUCUCAUGGUGAUAGCUACUAAGGACUUUACCCCACCAUGCCCAAGUGCAGUCACUACUCAUUUAAGCCCAGUCUGGACACAUGCAGACUAGGUGGAAAACCCAUUGUCCAACUGACCUACCUACAGUGUCCUGCAUGUCCAGGACGCAGGCCUCCAGGGGAGGCCUCCCCCCAAAGUGGAGUAUGCCUUUUUCCCUUGGAGCACAACCUUUUAACUAAUCUAGGAACCAAUAGUGUAGAACAGUACAUAUACAAUGUAUCUUUCUUCUGUAACAUAGAAAUUCUAGUAAGAAAAGAAGUGAGGCAGAGAAAAGCUGUAAUGGGUUGGGAAAAUGACUGCAGAUGGUGACUCAACUAUCAAUCACAUGAAGAGAACCACAUAUGAUAAGAGCUAAUAUAACAAAAUCUCCAUACCCUUGCUUGCCACUCAUGUUCCUCAAAAGACAUAAAGUUAUAUAAUGUAAUAAUUAAAAUAAUUAAGUGCAUAUAAGGAUAAAACCUUAAAAUGGUACAUAGAAGACUUAAGAGUUGUAUCUGGAUAUAAAGGUAUAUAUAAAAGGUUGAUGGAGUGGCUCAAGUGGUAAAGCGCCUGUCUAGGAGGGUGUAGUGUUACACAUGGGGUAAUAUAGAAAUCUAAAUGGAUUGUUAGUAUGAAUGUGUAGCUGAUUCUGAUUAGAUGUACACUAAGGCAGCACAUGGUAAAUGGUUUGAAAAAAUUGAACAAAUCAAAUGCUAACAUUAGAAAGUUCUGCAAAAUAAAGCAGUAAAGAAAAUAGAGGAAUGAGAAAGACAUGGGGAAAAAUAGACAAGAGCGUAAAAUGACAGACAAUCCAGCUAUAUAAAAAAUACCAUUAAAUGUGAGUUGCUUGAAUAAUCCAACUGAAAGGUAAGUAUUUCAGACUAAUGAAAAACCAGAUCCAUAGAAGUCACUCUUUAGAUUCAAAGAUAAGAAUAGAUUGAGGGCUGGCUGGAGAUGUGCAUGCCAGUUUGGUCCCUGGCAGCACAAAAACCAGAUACAAAUAGAUUAAAAGGAUAUAAAUAGACAGUUGGUCUUCCAGUGAGUUCUACAUCUGUGAACUCAACCAACCAUGGGCUGCAAAUAUUCAAGAAGUAAUUCUAGAAAGUUUAAAAACUAAUUUGAAUUUGCCAUGUGAAGAGUACUAUGCUGAAGCCAUACAAAUAAACUGAUAUGUACAUUGUAUUGAGUGUUAAAAGUAAUGUAGAGAUAAUUUAAAGUGUAUAGUAAGAUAUGCAGAGAUUAUAUGCUGAUACUAUGCCAUUUUAUAUAAGGGACUAGAGCAUCCAUGGAUAUUGGUAUUCAUGGUGAGUCUUGGAGGCAGUCUCCCAUGGAUAUUGAGGAAUGACUGUAUCAUGCAAGUGAGAGAGCUAUACUAAAAUACAUAACAAAACAUUUAAAAACCCAAAAAGUUAGUCAAGCUAAUAAUGACAGACAUUUUAUAAUAAAAAAGGGUCAGUGCAUCAGUAAGCAAGAACCAGUACAAAUACACAUGCACCUAAUAUCACCAAAAUAUGUAAAGACAACACUGGUAGAAACUAAGGUAGAAAUAGAAAAGUCAGCAAUAAUGCUGGGACUUCAGUAAGUUCUAUAAUUCUAUGAUAGAAAAGUUCUAUAAAAAAAAAACAGAACAAGGAAUAGAAUACACACACCUUCAUAGUUCCACUAGGUUUGAACAACAGAAAAAAGAUU